AUGCUCCCGAAAAUUGCUUUUCAGGGCGGCCUCGUGGCUCUGCUGGUGCAGACAGCCGCAGCCCAAGUACGAUGCGCCACUCCUGAUCCCCCAAAAGAGCUGCUGGAGCAUGCAGCGGAGAUGAAAGUGCAAGAAAAGGCGAUGAAAGACGCCGGCAUCCAGCAAGCCCGGGCCCCCAUCACAAUCAAUGCUUGGUUCCACGUCAUCGCUGCCUCUGACGCCGUUGAGGAUGCCAACUUGACGGAUGAAAUGCUCCAAAACCAACUCGAGGUGCUCAAUUCCAACUACGCUCCGCACGACAUUCAGUUCAAUCUUUCGGGCACAACGAGGACUGUCAACAGCAGUUGGUCUGACAACACCGAUACGCUUGUCAUGAAGACACAACUCCGAAAGGGCGAUUACGCCACUCUCAACUUGUAUUUCCAGAGGAAACUCCCGGGUGACUCAUCAGGUUACUGCACCUUCCCUGGAAUCGUUGAAGAGGGGACGCUAGACUUCUUCAACGACGGCUGCGUGAUUGACGCCCAGACCGUGCCUGGAGGCAGCAAAGUCCCGUACAACGAGGGGAAAACAGCCACCCAUGAGGUCGGCCACUGGUUUGGUCUCUACCACACUUUCCAAGGCGGCUGCAACGGCGGUGACGGUAUCGACGACACUCCAGCCCAGGCAAGCUACAGUGAGGGCUGUCCCGUUGGCCGAGACUCGUGUCCGGAUCUGCCUGGCCUGGACCCCAUUCACAACUACAUGGACUAUUCAGAUGAGUGA